AAUAAAUAAAUUAAAAUAAAACCUCAAUCCAACGGUGAAUUGAAUUAAUCGAGGAAAAUUAGGAAAAAUAGAAAGAAGGGAGAAGAACAAAGGUUGACACUUUCAUACAUCUUCCCUUUCAUCUGCUCCUCUGAGGCUCUCUCUCUACCUUCCGCCAACUCUCAUCCCAACUUGCGUUGCGCCUAAUAAAUUACCCGAUUAUUCGAGCAAUUCAGUGUUGAGUGGUGUAAUUUAGUUUUAAUUUAAUUGGGCGGAGCUUAAUUUGUGAGUAAAAUUAGGGUUCCCGUGAAUUUGGCUGUUUCGUUUUGGAGUUAUGGGUUUGGGAGAUGCGGAUCUUCUCGACGAUGGCGACGGAGGCGGUUGCAAAGCGUCGUUGGCGGCGGCGGUUUCGUGCUCCAUUUGCUUGGAGGUGGUGGCCGACAGCAGGGAGAGAUCUCGGGCGAAGCUUCAAUGCGGGCACGAAUUCCACCUCGAUUGCAUAGGUUCAGCAUUCAAUAUUAAGGGAGCCAUGCAGUGUCCAAACUGUCGGAAAAUUGAGAAAGGCCAGUGGCUAUAUGCAAAUGGUAGCCGUCCACUACCUGAGUUUAGCUUUGAGGAUUGGGCUCAUGAUGAGGAUCUAUAUGAUUUAAGUUAUUCUGAGAUGUCAUUUGGACUUCAUUGGUGUCCGUUUGCAAGGGUCCCUACAUCGUUUGGUGAAGGAGAGUUUUCAUCAAAUCAUGAUCUUCUCGGGCCACAUGCUGUCUUUGCGGAACAUACGCCCGUCUCAUCCACAUCCCAUCCUUGCCCUUACGUUACAUAUUUUGGGCCGAUCCACCCAUCUUCUUCUGCAUCGAGUGGGAGUGUUUCAGAUGGAUCUAGUUUUAACAACCACUGGAAUGGCCCAUCGGGCCCAAGCCCAACUGAUGUCCCCAGCCCUUAUGCUUUCCAGUCUAUGGAUUUACAUUAUCAAAACUGGGACCAGACUUCAGCUUACACCACAAACACUCGGAUUGCUAGGAAUAGCUCCGAUAUCCCGAGAGCUGGAAUGCAUCCCUUCAUUGUUGGUCACAGUGCUGAGAUCGAAGAUGCACUUUGGGUUUCGACGAAUGCGUCAUAUUUUCCGGGUUAUGCCCAAGAUUUACCCGGUACUGUACAUCACUUAUCUGAGGCGAGCGUAAAUGGUUUAGCGAGUGCUCGUUCGACUGGUAGGUGGUGUAAUGCGAGCAGUAACAUCUCUUGGAGGCUAGAUUUGGCAGGUUGUCAAGAGCGAAGGUAUUCCUCCAUAUCAAAAACAAAGCGUCCUACCUCUUCAAAUGAGUUUUGGUCAAUGCUU